CGUCAUCCUAGUGCUAUUACUAAACGAAUGUUCGAACUUCAAAAAAUUGGAAAAUACUCGAGUGGUGCACUGCCCGUUCUUGAACAGUGUUUCGCAAUAAAAUAAUAUUAAAUUAAACAAUAACCAUGUUAUCCAGCCUCAGGACUGGAGUUCAAGGUUUGUGGAAAGUGUCCUCUAGGGCUCUUCAGACCACUGCAAACCUUCAGCAUGAUAGCCUGUUCGUGCACCGAGACACUCCAGAAGACAACCCUAGUAUACCUUUCGAAUUUACGGCCGAAAAUAAAAAGCGUGCAGAUGCCCUCCUGAACAUAUACCCUGAAGGUCACAAGAGGGGGGCAAUGAUCCCACUCUUGGACCUGGCUCAGCGUCAGAACGGAGGCUGGCUUCCUAUCUCAGCCAUGCAUAAGGUGGCUGACAUGCUCAACCUGCCGAGGAUGAGGGUGUAUGAAGUCGCUACUUUUUAUACUAUGUUCAUCAGACGACCAAUUGGCAAGUAUCAUCUACAAGUAUGCACCACAACACCCUGCUGGUUGAGAGGAUCCGACACAGUUCUGAAGACUAUCACUGAGGCCACCAACUGCCAAGUUGGCGGGAACAGUCCUUGUGGGAAAUUCUCUGUUUCUGAGGUGGAGUGUUUGGGCGCGUGUGUGAAUGCUCCGAUGCUUCAAGUCAAUGAUGACUACUAUGAAGAUCUAACGGUUGAGGACACAAAAGAAAUUAUUGAAAAACUAAAAAAAGAUGAGAAACCGAAACCUGGACCAAGGAAUGGCAGAUUCGCCGCUGAGCCUCUGGGAGGGCUGACAUCUCUGACGGAGGAGCCGACCGGGCCUGGAUACGGUCUCCAAGACGCGCUCAAAGCGUAGACCGACUUGUGUAAUUAUUGUUAGGAAUAUUUAAAUAAAAUCAUGUAUAGAACUGA